AUGUCUCAAAUGCAGAUUCUCAAAAACCGCAAAGAAUACACCCAGGCUCUAAUGCCAGACGGCGUCGUGGUAAUGGAAGGCGUCACAAAGAACUGUCCAAUCUGCAAGGGCAUGCGUCCCGCUGUCGACAACCUCAUCAAGAAGUAUCCUGAUGCCAGGUUCUACAAGUACGACGUUGAUGAGGCGGAGGACAUUGCGCAGGAGCUGGGCGCGAGAAAUGUGCCUAAUUUCAGUGUCUUCAAGGAUGGAUUUAUACAGGAUGGUGUGACGGGGCUGAAGCCGCAGGAGCUGGAGAAGGUGAUCAAGGAGAAUUACGAUGGACAGGUAGUGGGGUGA